AUGCUAUCCUUUAUCCUCAUCCAGAAUCGCCAGGGCAAAACCCGCCUUGCCAAAUGGUACGCCCCCUACAGUGACGACCAAAAAAUCAAGCUCAAGGGCGAAGUACACCGGCUCGUGGCGCCCCGCGACCAGAAAUACCAAUCCAACUUCGUCGAGUUCCGCAACAACAAGAUUGUGUACCGCCGGUACGCCGGGCUCUUCUUCUGUGCGUGCGUCGACACAAAUGACAACGAGCUGGCGUACCUCGAGGCCAUCCACUUCUUCGUCGAGGUGCUGGAUGCCUUUUUCGGAAACGUGUGCGAGCUGGAUCUUGUCUUUAACUUUUAUAAAGUCUAUGCGAUACUAGAUGAGGUGUUCUUGGCCGGAGAGAUCGAGGAGACAAGCAAGCAGGUUGUUUUGACAAGGUUAGAACAUUUAGACAAGUUGGAGUGA